AUGAGUUCCGAUGAGAACCCGUUUUCACCGGAAUUCAAAGUUCCUAAUAAUCCCGUCGAUAUGUCUCUAUCGGAACAAGAACGUGCUCAAGUCACAGCAUUCUACAAGAAACGACAGGAGAUGAUAGCAAAUAAUCGGAUCUUGUUGGAUUGUCCAAAAUGUCUCAUCUUUUUCUCGGAUGUGCUUCUCUAUCGUAUGCACAUGGUCAUGCAUGGAUCUUCCCUCCCUCUUCCUUUCACCGCUACAUCUGCCUAUUUCUCACCAUUGCAACCUCUUUCCACAUGGCAGUGUUCCUUGUGCAGAAGACAGUGCACUGAUCGGAUCGAUUUUCAGUGUCAUACAAUUCAAUACGAGCAUUCUAUGAUUCCUCAAGGCUUUGGGAUAUCGAAUAACCUUCCCUUUCACAACGGAUUUCCCGAUUUGUCAUCAUUGAUUCCACCAUCUGAAAUGAUAAAAGAAUUGGCGAACAUCCUGAAGAAUGGUGCUGGGAGAAAAUCAUGA